AUGGCGGAGUCACGAGAUCAAAGUCAAGCGCCCUUGGUGUCCUCCCUCUGGACCAGGUCCCUAAUUUCCGGCGCUGUUGCGGGUCUCACAGUCGAUUGCUCCCUUUACCCGCUCGAUACAAUCAAGACCCGUCUCCAAAAAGCCAGGCACCAUGCGCCCGCAGCCCCCGCCCCAAGCGUCUCUCUCCGACAGACAAUCCGCGGCAUUUACGCAGGCCUUCCCUCCGUUCUGUUCGGCUCAGCUCCCUCCGCCGCAUCUUUCUUUAUCGUCUACGAUGGCGUCAAGCGCACCCUUCUUUCCUCCGCGAACCCCGAGUCACAAUCCCGCAGCCACAUAAUCCUUACACAAUCGCUCGCCUCUUCAAUGGGUGAGAUUGCAGCUUGCGCCGUUAGAGUCCCGACGGAAGUCGUCAAGCAACGAGCCCAGGCCGGCCUCUUCGGCGGCUCCAGUCGGCAUGCGCUAAAGGACAUUUUGUCCCUGCGGCACCCGGACCCCAAGACCGGCGCGAAGAGAGGGUAUGGACAGGUUAUUCGGGAGCUGUACCGUGGAGCUGGUAUUACGAUCGCGCGUGAGAUCCCGUUUACGGUCUUGCAGUUCACGAUGUGGGAGGGUAUGAAGGAGACAUAUGCCAAACGCCGGCAAUUGGAGGCUGGAUUGGGUACGGCGGGUGGCGCUCAGGUGCCUGCGUCGACGAGUGCGAUUUUUGGUAGCAUUGCGGGUGCGAUUUCGGCCGGGCUGACGACGCCAUUGGAUGUUAUUAAGACCCGGGUUAUGCUUGCGCGGCGGGGGGAUGGUCCGGAGGGCAAGGCGGGAGUAAGGAUUAGGGAUGUGGUGCAGGAGAUUUCCAAGGAAGGGUUUGGGGCUUUUUGGAGAGGUGUUCAGCCGCGAGUUGCGUGGAUUGGCAUUGGGGGUGCGGUUUUCUUGGGUAGCUACCAGUGGGCAUGGAAUACUUUGGAAGGAAAGUCGAAAGCAGAGGACUAG